AGGAGCUAAAUGGCGCCGGGACCCCUGGGGGGUGGGGUGGGCCGGGAGGUUGGGUAGAGAACUGGGCCAGAGGGAGUGGAGACAGUAAAGAAGCCCUACUUGUUUUCUUGUGAUGUUCUUUUUAAAAUUUGUAUUUUUGUUACGUUUUCGGUUUUGUUUUAUGGUUCAGCGUAGGAGAGGUAGGCUUGGGUGGGGUUGAGAGAGUGGGGGCGGGUCUCGACCCAACUUCCCCUCCUUUGCUUUUUUUGUUGUUCUUUUACCUCGUUUGCGCUUUAAAUUCUUCUGUAAUUUUGCGGGGGUUCAGCCUUGCUCGGCGAUUCACGGCCCAGACUUAGAGAAUCGGGUAGCUGGCCGAACCGUCUCUGUCAGUUUGAGUCUCUUUAAAGAAGGGAUGUGGGCUGGGGCGCGGGGACAGAGCCCUGGUGGAGCACGGAAAAUGCGUCUGUAAAGUAGUAAUUACUCUGUUGUGCCGAGUUCCGAGAAAGUUCCUAAAAUUAAGUCCACUUUGUUCUCUAAAAUGGACUUCGCUUUGAGAAUUUCUUCAGGGAGGUAUAUAGAAUGUUUUACCACAAUCUCCAGAGCAGAUUUGAGAGAAGUGGCCAAGUGCCAUUCUGUGCAGUUGAAUGAUAGAGCAUAUGUCUUUAUAUAAAAUAUUCGGUCUAUGAGUCAGGACUCCUCCCUUUCUCAUUGAAUUUGUGUAGUUGCCUUUUUCGCAACUCGAUUCAUCUUUGUGUACCUCUUUUUAAUGUACAUGGAUUUGAUUUUUGUACGUGUGCCUCCUUUCUGACAGGCGAGGCUGCUUGUUGGGACGUCCUACAAAAAUGCAUAUUCUGUAGAAUUAUUUUUUAAUAUGACGUGUCUUGUGUCUUAAAGUGAUGCCAUUUGGAAAAUUUUAAGUUAUACCUGUAUUUUUAAUUCGUGGGAGAAAACUAUAAAGCUCCAGUCCAAAUACGAAAAUAUUAUUCUACUAUGUUGAAAGUAUUACAAAAUCUGUUUUUUUCAGUUAAGGGUUUCAUAUUUUUUCAUUACUUCAAAUUUCUUUAAGCUAGUUUUGAAUUUAUAUUUCAAAUAGCUUUCUGAGGAUUACUGUCUUUUAAUAAUUUGAAUAAUUUACCAUCACUUUAACAUUUAGAGAAUGACUAUGGCGGUACACCAAAAUCUUAUCUUUUUGCUCUUAUGGUGUACUAGAGACAAGAUUUAUUUGGUUAGGAUUUAGAAAUUGUUAAGAUUUAGAGAAAAAAGAUUAAAACUACCUUCCUUAACGUUACAAAAAUUGUCAUGCUGAGACAAUCCAGUUUGGUGUGAGAAUAGUUUUUUUCUUCCGUACACAAAGCACGAAAACCAGCCUGAUUGUUUCUGGAAAAAAACCAUUAUGUUAUAGUUGAUAGGCUCACCCCAAAAUAUGCUUUUUGGGACUGAUUUAGCACCUGCAUAUUCUGCGUGAAUCUCUUUAAUUGGUUGCAGUUGAGCUAAUGGUGGAGCCAAAAUGCUAUUGCCCUGUCUUCAUCAACAUUUAAUCAAGUGUUGCAGAGAUAGGAACAUGGGAGAGAAACAAUCUGGAUAACAUGAAAGUGAUGCUGGUGGCUAAGGGAAGGCAACUUGAUUCUGUGGGAAGGGCUGUAGCUGAUCCAUCCGUUGUCUAGAUUUGAGUAUGAGCACAGUGGAAGAGGAUUCUGACACAGUAACAGUAGAAACUGUGAAUUCUGUGACUUUGACUCAGGACACAGAAGGGAAUCUCAUUCUUCACUGCCCUCAGAAUGAAGCGGAUGAAAUAGACUCAGAAGAUAGUAUUGAACCUCCACAUAAGAGGCUUUGUUUGUCCUCUGAGGAUGAUCAGAGUAUUGAUGAUUCUACUCCUUGCAUAUCAGUUGUUGCACUUCCACUUUCAGAAAAUGAUCAGAGCUUUGAGGUGACCAUGACUGCGACCACAGAGGUAGCAGAUGAUGAGGUUACUGAGGGGACUGUGACACAGAUCCAGAUUUUGCAGAAUGAGCAACUAGAUGAAAUAUCUCCCUUGGGUAAUGAGGAAGUUUCAGCAGUUAGCCAAGCAUGGUUUACAACUAAAGAAGAUAAGGAUUCUCUGACUAAUAAAGGGCAUAAAUGGAAGCAGGGGAUGUGGUCCAAGGAAGAAAUUGAUAUUUUGAUGAACAAUAUUGAACGCUAUCUAAAGGCACGCGGAAUAAAAGAUGCUACAGAAAUCAUCUUUGAGAUGUCAAAAGACGAAAGAAAAGAUUUCUACAGGACUAUAGCAUGGGGUCUGAACCGGCCUUUGUUUGCAGUUUAUAGAAGAGUGCUUCGCAUGUAUGAUGACAGAAACCAUGUGGGAAAAUAUACACCUGAAGAAAUUGAGAAGCUCAAGGAGCUCCGGAUAAAGCAUGGCAAUGACUGGGCAACAAUAGGGGCGGCGCUAGGAAGAAGUGCAUCUUCUGUCAAAGAUCGGUGCCGACUGAUGAAGGAUACUUGCAACACAGGGAAGUGGACAGAAGAAGAAGAAAAGAGACUCGCAGAAGUGGUUCAUGAGUUGACAAGCACUGAGCCAGGUGACAUAGUCACACAGGGUGUAUCUUGGGCAGCUGUGGCUGAACGAGUGGGUACCCGCUCAGAAAAGCAAUGUCGUUCUAAAUGGCUCAACUACCUGAAUUGGAAACAGAGUGGAGGUACUGAAUGGACCAAGGAAGAUGAAAUCAAUCUCAUCCUCAGGAUAGCAGAACUUGAUGUAGCUGAUGAAAAUGACAUUAACUGGGAUCUCUUAGCUGAGGGAUGGAGUAGUGUCCGUUCACCACAAUGGCUACGAAGUAAAUGGUGGACCAUCAAAAGGCAAAUUGCAAACCAUAAGGAUGUUUCGUUCCCUGUCUUAAUAAAAGGUCUUAAACAGUUACAUGAGAACCAAAAAAACAACCCAACGCUUUUGGAGAAUAAAUCAGGAUCUGGAGUUCCAAACAGUAAUACCAAUUCCAGUGUACAGCAUGUUCAGAUAAGAGUUGCCCGCUUGGAAGAUAAUACAGCCAUCUCUUCUAGCCCCAUGGCAGCACUGCAGAUUCCAGUCCAGAUCACCCAUGUUUCUUCAACAGACUCUCCUGCUGCUACUGUUGACUCAGAAACAAUAACACUAAACAGUGGAACACUACAGACAUUUGAGAUUCUUCCAUCUUUCCAUCUACAGCCCACUGGCACUCCAGGCACCUACCUACUUCAAACAAGCUCAAGCCAAGGCCUUCCCCUAACUCUGACUGCUAGUCCCACAGUAACCCUGACAGCUGCUGCUCCUGCUUCUCCUGAACAGAUCAUUGUUCAUGCUUUAUCCCCAGAACAUUUGUUGAACACAAGUGAUAAUGUUACAGUACAGUGUCACACACCAAGAGUCAUCAUUCAGACUGUUGCCACAGAGGACAUCACUUCUUCCAUAUCCCAAGCAGAACUGACAGUAGAUAGUGAUAUUCAGUCAUCUGAUUUUCCUGAGCCUCCAGAUGCCCUAGAAGCAGACACUUUCCCAGAUGAAAUUCAUCACCCUAAGAUGACUGUGGAGCCAUCAUUUAAUGAUGCUCAUGUAUCCAAAUUCAGUGACCAAAAUAGCACAGAACUGAUGAAUAGUGUUAUGGUCAGAACAGAAGAAGAAAUUUCUGACACCGACCUUAAACAAGAGGAAUCACCCUCUGAUUUAGCCAGUGCUUAUGUUACCGAGGGUUUAGAGUCUCCCACUAUAGAAGAACAAGUUGAUCAAACAAUUGAUGAUGAAACAAUACUUAUCGUUCCUUCACCACAUGGCUUUAUCCAGACAUCUGAUGUUAUAGAUACUGAAUCUGUCUUGCCUUUGACAACACUAACAGAUCCCAUACUCCAACAUCAUCAGGAAGAAUCAAAUAUCAUUGGAUCAUCCUUGGGCAGUCCUGUUUCAGAAGAUUCAAAGGAUGUCGAAGAUUUGGUAAACUGUCAUUAGGAUAAUUCUUAGAAAUAGGCAGUUCAAGCAAAGAAGCCACACUGUUAAUUACAACAUCUUCAAAGAAAUAGGAGCAACCCCCAAGAGGCUUAAUUUACCAAUUUAAAUAGCCACAGUGCUUAAGCCACACAUUGUUGCUGCUAUGACUUCUUACCUCCUUUAAAUACAUCAUCUGAAGUUGAGUUUUAUGACAGUGUGUAGUUGAGUGGAGGCUGGGAGUUUUAAGCAUAAAUCCCUAUGUUUAAUGUUACAUGGCAAUAAGGAAUUUCAUUCACUUCAGCCACGAAGAAAAGUUUAGAAUCACGAAAGCUUAACUGCUGUGGUUUAAAAUACAGUUUCUCUAAAGAUCAGACAUGGCACUGUCUCCUUUCAAGUAAGCCUGGUUGUAGUUCAGAUAAGUCAUUUCAACAUGAGAGCUUACCAGUGAUCUUCUGAUCUUCAAGAAGACUAAGUUUGAGACUUGACCAGCAUACAAGUACAGAGACCUAGGAGGUGGUCUUGUGGUGGUUACGUUUGAUUAACCCAUUGCUGGCAGUGGGAGCUGAUUUAGGCAGGGUAAACAGGAAAGCAUUAAAAGAGUUAAAAUUCACUACAGGUUUUUUGUUACUUUUAAAGGGAAUAUGGAUAAGCAUAGUAACAAAACCCACCAAAAUCUAAGCAGUUUUCACCCCCUCAGAAACCACUGUCAUUAGUUUACAAAGUUAGCACUUUGAAGUAAAACUAAAUGAGGAAGGAAGUAAUGUUACCUAUCCUUGAUACCGUGACCAUUUAUUACAUGUUUUGCAACAUAAAUUACCCAGAAAAUAGUUUGUCAUCCACUUAGUGUGUUAGGUGGUGGGGUACAAUAUAACCUCUCAUCUCAGGCAAUUUUUAAAAAAACAGUAUUUGCUUCUAUAACAAAAGGAAACAAAUCUAAGAGUCAUUCCUAUACUACAGAAGGGUUAAGGCAAAGGUAGCCUUUUGGGCUUUUUAAUGAAUAUGACCCCUAUAGAAAAGUCAAGGAAAAAAAAACCUUGUAUAAAUUAUUUUAUUUAUUAUUGUAAUUAGAUCUUCACAAAGUUGUCUUUUCACUGUCUGUUUUGUUAACGUGAAAUUAAAUUGUAGUUAUAAGCAAAAGUCGGUUGCCUAGGGAACAACUGUAUAUUCAGUUUAACAGAAAUAAAAGAAUAUUUGUCUUAAAA